GUAGCGGUGGCAUGGCCUCACCAUCCGCGACACCUCACCCCAAAUAAAAUCCCCCGCGCCUCUUCCCGCCCCUGCUCCCCGCUCCCCCGCCUCCGCCUCCGCCACCACCACACUCUACGCUGUCCCGAUGACGCCGUCGCACGCCCCCGCCCCCGCCGCGCCGGCCGCCUCCUCCGGCGGCGGGCGGAGGACCGCGACGUUCGCGGGCGCCAGCGUGUUCCUCUCGCGGAAGCUGGUGGCCCCCGAGGUGUUCGACGCCGUUCACGACGCGCUCCGCCUCAACGGCGCCGAUGUCCUCCUCUGCGCCGACCCUACCCGCACGGGGCCCCUCGACUACCACGUCAUCUCCUCCUCCUCCCACGAGAGGUUCGCGGAUCUGAAGGACAAAGGCUGCAAUCUGCUAGGACCACAAUGCAUCCUUUCCUGUGCUAAGGAGCAUCGUUCCCUGCCUAAACAAGCUUAUACUUGUUGUCUUGCAAUGGAUGGGGUUACUAUACUCUGUUCAGGCUUCGAGAAAGAUGAGAGGGCCAGGAUUGAACAAUUAGUGACAGCUAUGGGAGGUCUUUUGCAGACUAAAGUGUCCAUGGAUGUUAACUUUGUCGUUGCAAAGGAUGUCUUGGCUGCCAAAUAUAAAUGGGCCGUGAAUAGCCUGAAGAAGCCUAUUGUCAAUAGGAACUGGUUGGAGCAAUGCUGGAUCGAACAUCGUGUUGUGCCUCACGAACCUUACAGGAUUCUUCCUUUUACUGGGUUGAAUAUUUGCAUCACAAAACUAGAUGCAGAUAAACGGAAGGAGUUGAUGGAAAUAAUAGAGCAGAAUGGUGGCCAGUAUUCAGCAAAUCUUACAAAGAAGUGCACUCAUUUAAUUGCAAAUGAACCUGGCGGUGACAAGUAUCUUGUAGCUAAAAAAUGGGGUAAUAUUCACAUUGUGGAUCGGAGAUGGGUUGACCAAUCUGUUGCUCGAAGAGCUUAUCUAGAUGAAAGUGCCUAUGUCAUUGGCCAGAGUUCUUCUAACUAUAAUGGCAUAAAGGGCUCCCUUAAAGAGCAACGGAACCCAAUGAGCAGUGCAAGUUUUCAAUCUGUUCCAGCAGUAUCAGUUGAUGAUUCAGUAUCAAUGUCACAGUAUGCGCCAGUUUCUUCCGGUUAUGCUUCAAAGAUCUGCAACACUGAUAUUGUCAGUGCACCUUGUGUCCAAGAGACAAACGAGAUGCCGGUUGAGAGUCAUGUAGCUGAGGACUCAGAGGCUGAAGAUGACGAUCUGUACUUAUCAAAUUGCAGAAUUUCUCUUGUGGGUUUUGAGGAGAAAGAGUUGUCAAGGUUAGUCAUGAUGAUACGUAAUGGUGGUGGAUCCCGGCAUGUUAUGUUGAGUGAGAGGCUUACUCAUAUUAUUCUAGGUGCACCUUCAGAGGACAGAGAAAAAAAAGAGGUAAGACGCCUUGCUGCUUGGGGUGUGAUAAAUGUGGUAAAGGUAAAAUGGUUGGAAGACUGCAAUAAAAUAAAAACGGAAGUCAAAGUAUCCGCAGCUCAUUUGGCUAGCGAGUUGCUCUCGAAAGAAUUUCCGUUUGUGGGUAUGGAAAAAUCUGCUGCUACACGUGAAACAAAGGCAGCCAAAAGUUCACAUGGAAUAUUCCAUGUUCCAACUGUCAAUGAUUCACAUGAUAAGCAGCUCGCAAAAGAUCCGUCAUCUGAAAGAAAACCAGCCAUGGGCAAACAUGAAAACAUGAAUAAUACCCGAGCAGCAACUAGGUCUGCAAAAUCAAGCCAACAGAAUGGAUUGACCAGUUCUGGCAAAGCAACUUCUUCUGCAGUGAAUUCACAGAGUAGCACCACUUCAAAUAUUUUCGAAGGGAGAACAUUUUGUUUCUCAAAUUCAUUUUCUCAUGAUCGGAGACCGGAGGUAAUCGAUUGGGUCAGAAAAGGGGGAGGCACUAUGGCAGUGGAUGAUGCACAAGCAACUGCUGUGGAUUUCAUAAUUGAGUGCCAUGGACAGAACAACAUGCAAUGUGACUACUCUCAUUCAACCGUUGUUUCAACUCAAUGGAUAGCCUCAUGUAUUGAGGUGGGCCACUUGCAAGAUGUUGGAAGUCAUCCUAUCUUCUCUCCUUUGCGGUGUCGCAUCCCAUUCCCAGGGUUUGAAGACUUCCGUUUCUGUGUUUCACAGUAUGAUGAGAAAGAGAGAGUUCUGCUUAAGAACCUCUGUCUUACUCUAGGAGCUAAAUUCACAGAGAAAGCAUCGAAAAGAGUGAACCAUCUUAUCUGUAAAUUUGCAAGCGGUCCAAAGUAUGAGGCUUACCAUAAUAAGAGAAUUCCAACCAUUACCACAGAGUGGCUCUUCGAAUGUGUGAGACAGGACACCAUUAUCCCUUAUGACCAGUUUCAGCCGAAACCACCUACUUCUCAGGACAAGGAUGCCGGUAUGUGCACUGUUAGUCAAUUUCCGACACAAGCCGCCAAUACGACCUCUAAAUUUGAUUGCCCUGAGCCACUUAGUGAGCCUCAAGUACCAAGAAGCAGUUCAAAACACAGCUCAGGCUCCUCUGUUAGUGAGGAGAAAAUUGCUUCUUCUGUUAACAAAAGAAGACGAUCCGGAACAGCCAAGGCUAAUGAUACAUCUACAAACAUUGGACGAACAGAGAAACAUUCGGACAGCAGCUCUGCUCUGGGUGUUGCAGACUCCAUAAAGGACUUCGAGGACCUACUGGUUCAGUCAUCCAGGGAUCCUGCACUUGAUGCUUCUGUUGUAGGUCAAGAUGAGGAACCUCAACCUGUGCCAGAUAAUGCUUUCACUUCCCUAUACAAUGACAUGAAAACCCGCUCAAAUAACUGGCCACAGAAGCAACACAUGCCCCCUGGCAAGAAUGUCAAGAGCCCAGACUCCACCCGGGCCCCUGUCCCAACUCCCUAUCUACCUUUCAGCGAAACGCAGACAGAUUCUCAGAUCAUCGGGUAUGAAGAAGAUUUGACUGGCAUGCAGAAGAUCAUUGACAGAGUUAGUUCUCAAAAAAAGACCAUCGACAGUUCAGGCACCGACAGUUCAGUCAUGGGGCAUCAAUGGGACUCCCUCAAAUGAAACGGCAUGUCUUGAGUUAGAUACAAAGCUGGUCAUCUAUCUAAUUGCAGCGAGAUCUGCUGCCCGAUGAUUCCGACACAGGAGAUCAAAAGAAACAUCAUCGAAUCUGCUUUCCCUGCCUCGUUGUCCGCAAGAUGGAUGUAGGAGUAUGAACUCUGGGUUUUUUUCCUACUCAGGAGACAUCUUGUGCUGGUGGCACAAUAGCAGAAGAUUGUCGUGGGAUGUAUAUGUCUGUCGCAAUUUUGUAGAGCGACUCAAGACUGUUGUGCUUCCUUUUCCCGAGAAGGCGGUCUGAGACUCUGGCCUGUGUGUUUGCUGUCGGACCUGUUUUCUUGAUUAGUGUGAUUUUCUACUGACUUGAUGCUGGAUUACUGAGCAUGUGAACAUGCCCGUACAGAUGUGGCAAUGUAAUAUAUGCUGAUUAGAUGCUUGUAUAGUUGUGUCUGUCUUUUUCUUGAGAUGGUUGAGUCCUCCUUUUGCUAGAUAUGGUUCAAGUCCUCCUUCCUGUU